UUACUACAUAGUAUAUAACACGUUACGGCUCCUGCUCCCGGGACCCCGGAGUACGCUACACUGAGCCGCCAGCCAAUAACCUGAGGAGAGAUGUCAGCCAAUGCGGGAGAGGAGCUGGCGGCCAAUCACAGGGCUCCUUACAGGCGAGCAACCACUGCACAUAAUUCCCUGUCAGAGCCAUUAGGAUGCUGCCGAGGAGCCCAGUGACUCAGGAAUCGGGCACAUUGAUUCUUCCACCUGAACCCCCUUUGUGUGUGGAUAUAGAUGCUCUAUACGUUCGGUAGGGAGGAGCCCGCCCGACCGCACAUCUGCUGGGAGCUGCGGAGUGCUGACCGUGCAGCUGUGGACGUGCUCAUUGUACAGGAGCGAUAGUUCAUCUGAAGAUUAGAACAUAAUCAUAAAAUCCCUUUUCUUCAAACAAUAAAACACAGCAAGGUCCGAGGGUAGAGAUGUCCCAAUGCCUUUCAAAGACAUCUGAGGGUUAGCUUUAUAUGAUGGCCAGCUCUGCUCGAGAUCAUCUACUUUUUGUCCGAAGGCACAACUCUCAGCUACGGUAUACUUUAAGUCCGGAGAAUCUUCAAAGUUUUGCAUCUCAAACCACAAUGACAGAGAACAUGAACUUUCAACGGGCCAACAGUGAUACUGACUUGGUCACUUCUGACAGUCGAUCCAGUUUGACUGCCAGUAUGUAUGAAUAUGUACUGGGGCACUCUCAGGAACUUAUAAUCUUCUGGGAUAUAAAAGAAGAAGUAGAUCCCACUGAUUGGAUUGGGCUUUAUCACAUUGAUGAAAAUUGCCUUGCAAACUUUUGGGAUUCCAAGAAUAGAGGUGUAACUGGAACUCAGAAAGGACAAAUUGUCUGGAAAAUUGAGCCUGGUCCUUAUUUUAUGGAACCGGAAAUAAAAAUUUGUUUUAAGUAUUAUCAUGGUAUCAGUGGAUCUUUAAGAGCGACCACACCUUGUAUCACUGUGAAAAAUCCUGCUGUUAUGAUGGGUGCAGAUGGUAUGGAUGGAUUUUCUGCUUCUCAGCAAUGUCGAAAGCUAGCUAGCUUCACUUUAUCAGACAUUAGAGCUGUGGGACUAAAGAAAGGGAUGUUUUUUAAUCCAGACCCUUAUCUAAAGAUGUCUAUUCGACCUGGGAAAAAGAGCACAUUUCCAACUUUUGCCCAUCAUGGUCAAGAAAGGAGAUCAACAAUUAUUGCUAACACUACAAAUCCAACAUGGCAUGGAGAGAAAUAUUCCUUUGUUGCUCUUCUGACGGAUGUUUUAGAAGUUGAACUAAAAGAUAAAUUUGCCAAAAGCCGUCCUAUCAUCAAAAGGUUUCUUGGAAAACUGACCAUUCCGGUACAGAGGCUCUUGGAAAGGAAUGCAAUUGGUGACCAGGUUCUAAGUUAUAAUCUGGGUAGAAGACUCCCAACUGAUCAUGUAAGCGGAUAUUUGCAGUUCAAAGUUGAAAUUACAUCAUCAAUUCAUGACGAUGCUUCUCCUGAGGCAGUCGGCACUCUACUUGCAGCCAACAAUAUUAAUGGUGAUCUUGGUACACCUUCCGAUGAUGAAGAGAGCCCUGCAGGUCAUGAUUCACCUUCUACAUAUUCCAAUGGCCAUCUACAUGCAGAAUCUUUACUGGAUGGAGUAAGAUCCAGCAUAACUGUUGAGGCAGACUGUAGUGAGGCAGCAAGAACUACUUCAAGGACAUCUCCUAUUCGAAAUCGUCAGGAUUCCCUUAAUGAUUACCUUGAUGCACUUGAACAAAAUAACAAUAAUGCUAAAUCUUGUGCUACUGCCUCUGUCAAUUGCGAUCGUCCACUUGGAGCCUCACCAAAGCUUAGAAGCAGUUUUCCCACUGAUACAAGACUCAAUGCAAUGCUUCACAUUGAUUCAGAUGAAGAAGAUCAUGAAUUUCGUCAGGAUAUGUUGUGUCGUUCACCAUUACUGGAAGAUGGAGGACUUGUAUUAAACUGUAGUCCUAAUGCAAAAAUCGACUGUUACUUUAAUGUGUCGACAAGUCAACAGGAACAGAGCAGUUCUGAAAAUGCACAUCUGAAUUCACAACCAUCUGAUAUCUUAGGAGGUAACGCUCAGACUUUAAAUGCAGAACAUCCAGUGUUUGGAGUAGUAGGAGAGGAAAUCGAAAGUACUGUAGCCAUUAACAAUGUUGUUGAGAAGAUAGACACUGCUGCGUUGUGCAUUGGUGAGGGAAUACAGGAACCCCCAAAUAUAAAUGGUGAGGUGCUGGAAACAAGUGAAAUCAGGACAAGUGACAAUGAUAUAAAUUUGUCUGAACCUAUUUUAUGUGCCCAUUCUCAGGUAGGAUCUGAAUUAGGAGCAUGUAGUUCAAGUAGUAUAGAAAUUGGCUGUGAAGCUAAUAGUGCUGUUGAAGGAAGGUCAAAUAGUGAGGGGAGAGAUGUUGUUUUUAAUUUUAAUAUUUCUUCUGGAAGUUUUACACAAAGUACAUGUUCUUCAUCAAUAGACAGUUCAGAAAGCCCUGCACUUUACGCAAAUUUUGAGCCAUGUGGGGCAUCUGUAUUCGAAUCUGGGCCAUGCAGCGAUUUAGAGGUGCAGGCUUCCCUAUGCAAUCCUUGUUCUCUUCCAACUGUGACCAUCAACAGAAACAAAGAUGUAGAUCAAAGUGAAUCAGAAAUGGUAUGUGAAGUUAAUGGGACAGAGGAAAUUUGGCAAAGAAGAAAUGCACAAACAGCUACUACCAGUAGACAACACACUCAGGAGGAGGACUCUGGUGGAGCACAGGCAACAUCUAUGGAUAAUUUGCAAAGCGAAGGUGCCACCGCAGGUCCCCAAGUGAAUGGUCAUCAACCAUUGCGGUCACUUCCUUCAGUCCGUCAUGAUGUCAGCAGAUACCAGAGAAUAGAUGAAGCUUUACCACCUAAUUGGGAAGCGCGGAUUGACAGUCAUGGUAGAAUAUUUUAUGUUGAUCAUGUAAAUCGUACAACAACAUGGCAGCGUCCUACAGCUCCUCCAGCUCCUCAGAUCCUACAGAGAUCAAACUCUAUUCAGCAAAUGGAGCAACUUAAUAGACGGUAUCAAAGCAUCCGACGAACGAUGACUAAUGAUCAACCAGAGGAAGUGCAACAGCCAGUGGAGGGGGCAGUAGCCGGGGAGGAUGUUGAUUAUCAUCAUUCAAAUGCAGAUUUUCGAAGGGAGAAUGCGCUUCCUCAUUCUACCUCAAGGUCCAGGCUCAGUUUGUUGCUUAAUUCCCCUCCUGUGAAAUUUCUUACUAGUCCAGAGUUCUUUACAGUUUUGCAUUCAAACCCUAGUGCCUAUCGCAUGUUUACAAACAACACAUGUUUAAAGCAUAUGAUCACCAAAGUUCGGAGAGACACUCACCAUUUUGAACGCUAUCAACAUAAUCGGGAUCUUGUGGGAUUUUUAAAUUUAUUUGCCAAUAAGCAACUGGAGUUACCAAGAGGCUGGGAAAUGAAGUAUGAUCAUCAAAGCAAGCCUUUCUUUGUCGAUCAUAACUCUAGGAGCACUACUUUUAUCGACCCUCGUCUUCCAUUACAAAGCAGCAGACCAACUAGUGCAUUGCUUCAUCGGCAGCAUUUAACACGGCAGCGCAGCCAUAGUGCUGGGGAGGUUGGAGAGGAUACACAUCAUUCAGGCCCUCCUGUUUUACCAAGGCCUUCUAGCACUUUUAAUACAGUAACUAGAAGUCACUAUCAAGAUAUGAUGCCAGUUGGAUACAAUGAGAAAAUUGUUGCAUUUUUGCGUCAACCAAACAUAUUUGAAAUUCUACAGGAGCGUCAGCAGGAGCUCUGCAGGAAUCAUGCGCUCAGGGAAAAGAUACAGUUUAUUAGAGCAGAAGGACCCUCAGGACUAGUCCGCCUCUCCGGGGAUGCAGAUCUUGUUAUACUGCUGAGCCUUUUUGAAGAAGAAAUAAUGUCCUAUGUUCCACCACAUGCCUUACUUCAUCCCAGCUAUUGUCAGUCUCCUCGUGGAUCUCCAGUGUCGUCUCCACAGAAUUCACCUGGUACCCAACGAGCCAAUGCUAGAGCACCAGCACCUUAUAAAAGAGAUUUUGAAGCAAAGUUAAGAAAUUUCUACCGCAAGCUAGAAACUAAAGGAUAUGGUCAAGGUCCUGGAAAGCUGAAAUUAAUAAUACGAAGAGAUCACUUAUUAGAAGAUGCUUUCAACCAAAUCAUGGGGUAUUCAAGAAAAGAUCUUCAAAGAAAUAAGCUUUAUGUCACUUUUGUUGGUGAAGAGGGGUUGGACUAUAGUGGACCAUCCAGGGAAUUUUUCUUCCUUGUGUCCAGAGAGCUAUUUAAUCCUUAUUAUGGCUUAUUCGAGUAUUCUGCAAAUGACACUUACACAGUGCAAAUAAGUCCAAUGUCUGCAUUUGUCGACAAUCAUCACGAAUGGUUUAGAUUCAGUGGUCGUAUCCUGGGCCUCGCCCUUAUACAUCAGUACUUGUUAGAUGCCUUUUUCACACGUCCAUUUUAUAAAGCCCUUCUUCGAAUACUUUGUGAUUUGAGUGACUUGGAGUACCUUGAUGAAGAGUUCCAUCAGAGUCUCCAGUGGAUGAAAGAUAAUGAUAUCCAUGAUAUACUAGACCUUACUUUCACGGUCAAUGAAGAAGUAUUUGGUCAGAUUACAGAACGCGAGCUCAAACCAGGAGGUGCUAACAUAGCAGUGACUGAAAAGAAUAAAAAGGAAUACAUUGAAAAAAUGGUAAAAUGGAGAAUAGAAAGAGGAGUUGUACAGCAGACGGAAAGCCUUGUGCGUGGAUUUUAUGAGGUGGUGGAUGCUCGCCUAGUAUCAGUUUUUGAUGCAAGGGAACUUGAGCUAGUUAUAGCAGGAACUGCUGAGAUUGAUUUGGGUGACUGGAGAAACAACGCAGAGUACAGAGGAGGUUACCAUGACAAUCAUAUUGUUAUUAGAUGGUUCUGGGCAGCUGUUGAAAGGUUUAAUAAUGAGCAGCGGCUACGUCUGUUACAGUUUGUUACUGGAACUUCCAGUAUCCCAUAUGAAGGCUUUGCGUCACUCAGAGGCAGCAAUGGCCCACGAAGAUUCUGUGUAGAAAAAUGGGGGAAAAUAACAGCUCUUCCCAGAGCCCAUACGUGUUUUAAUCGCCUUGAUCUUCCUCCAUAUCCUUCUUUUUCAAUGCUGUAUGAGAAGCUUUUAACAGCUGUUGAGGAAACAAGUACAUUUGGCCUUGAGUAGUCCUAAAGAUUUAGCAGAAUUACACCAGACAUCAAAAUGAAAUUUGUUUUAUUACGAGGAACUUUUUAAAUGGAUUGAGUAUAAAUCUAUGAACUUGUGUGAAUAUGACCACAGAUGUAUCAAGAAUGUGUCAAAAAUAUGUACAAGAAGGUGAAGAAGAAUAGCAUCAAAAUUAAAUUUGGAAAACUAUUAAUAUAGUGCACAUUGGAAUUAAUGGACAUAAGAGAUAAGUUACACACUUGUAUAAUGCAUUCCAGUUUUUACAGGUAAUGUUUUAGGUGCUUGCAUGGUAUGCAUCCUAAUUUUUAUUACAUUAGCUGAGCUCAGUCUUCAAGGGUCAAACUAACGUAAUACUUAAUAUGUGUCAAAACCUAUGCAUGUUUAUAUCUACAACCUCUUUAGUGAAUCAGAUUUAGUUAUCAGAUUUACCUGAUCUAACACAUGCAAAAAAGGCCUGCACAUUCUAUGGAUUAAUGUAUAGUUCUUCAACCAAUUCACCUAGAUGUUAUUGCUUUCUACACAUACAGUAUAUGUUAAUAAGGUUUUUAAAUAAUACACUCACAUGCCAGCACUAUAAAUCAUAAAAAUGUAUUGUAAAAUAUUUUAUUUAUUCUUUGCAUCUAUAAAUGGUGCAAUCCCCUUAUGCUUUUUAUUAUGUUGAUUUUUAUGGCCAUUAUUUGUAACUGUUAUUAAAUUAUUUUGAAUUGCAAGGUGACAUAAGGAAGCAGUAAUCUAUGAAGCAGUGUUCUUGUUGUCAACUUUGUAAAAGCCUUAAAUUGGAUCUCCAGGUAGAAAAUACUACAUAAUGAUUUCAAAGCCGUCAAAGAAAAAAAAUGUCUUUGUUGUCCAAAGCAACCAGUCAGAGCUUAGCUUUUAUUAAUUAAACGUCUGAGGGUAAAUGUAAGCUGAACUGUGAUAGGUUGCUGGGGAAGACCCAUGCAUACCUUAUAUCAACCCUGGCAUUUUAUUUUAGCAGUAAUCGGGCUAGAAUCUAUGAUCAUAGAUAACGGUUGUGACGUUGCACUGAUAAUUUUCUCACAUUUACAGUUAGAGUAAAUCAUCCCGGUGCAAGGCAGAGGAUAUAAUAAUACACUUAUUUAAGUCAGGAGUCUGCCUUCUCCAUAGUGAAAGAUUGACAUUAAAUCAGGGAAAUCUAGUAUAUUAUGUAGGUUCAUUUUUUAUGUUAUAUAUUUCACUCCAUUAGAAAUAAAACUGGAGAUCCACUUUAAGGCUUUGAUGUUGUAACCUCAUAACAGUCCAUGACAUAUACAUUCAUUUAUUUGUGUUAUUUAUUUAUAAGAUAUAUUUUGAAUGAAUAUAAAUUUUGAAUUCUUUAAUAUAUUUUUGAAAUCAGUAAGGAAAAUCUAGAGUAUCUCUCCGUACCGUCUGCUUCAUUAACAGGCUUGUGAGGAUUAAUUCUAUCUUAGGUCCCCAUAUCCCACUGUAUACUUUAUAAUUAUUGAUGAAUGUUUCUUAAGUUACUGACUUUUGAUAUCAGCAUGUUUCCUGAAAUGUGUACAAAAGCUUUAUACAUAAUGAAUAUAUAAAUGAUUGUCCUUUUCUAGUAGGCAGCAGGUCUCCUACUGUGAGAAUAAAGUAAGAGUAGUAGUAGCCUUUAAUAAUCAGUCCUCCACUUCUACUAUUAAUAGUAUUAGAUUUCUGUUGGUAGAUCUUAAUGGCUUUGACAAGAAAUGAACAAUGAUCCAACAGGAUGGAGUUUUUUCAUUCCACUCCUUUUGUUUCUCCCAAAGAUAAGCAUCACCAAAGUUGUGUUCAUUAUUUUCUCUUGUUUGUUUAAAAUAACAUUCACAUUCAGCUAAAUGCGAAUGUUAAUAUUGGAAUCAGGCCUGCAAGGGGCAGGUUGACUCUAUCCCAUAAGUAUGGCCAUUCUAAGGGCCUAUGUAUCUAGGACCGAAAUAUCUAAUGAAUUAGGAUUAUGAUUUAUGUCAAGUUUGGCGCUGUAACAUUUAGCAUGUAUUUUGUUUUUGUAUGACCUGAAUUAUUUUACAUAUCAUCUACACUUUAUAAAUCUUUUCAAUGUAUAGAACAGAAGUUCUCCCACUAAGCACUAAAGCGGUAUAAAUUUCCCAAAUUUUAUAAACACUUAAAUUUGAAUGGCAGUUUACUGGAGGAUGAAACCUACUUUAAUCUGUAAUGGUUUAAUGAUCUUAAUAGAUUUUACACAGUAUGCUGUUACUUUGACAACUAAAUGCAUUGCCAUACAAAUUUGGUUAUUUUUAUACGCUACUGUACAAUUUACUAGGAAAUAUUUUAAAUGUUGAUGAACAUUUAAGAACAAGUUUCCAUUUCUACAACAGCAUAAAUGUGCUUGUACGUAUUAUUUAGCACCUUCAAUAAAAAAGUUUUUUAUCUGCUCA